AUGUAUGAGGCUGGCCCAACGGUCGUAGAUCUGGCUGUUGCGACUUUCAACAACGGCAAGAAAACACGACGACGAAGACAAAAAGAGAGCCAUUGCAGCUUACCUUGUUCUAUUGACGUCGAUCAACCGGCACCACCUUCCGCAGUAUUCACGAGGAUCCUCCCAAAGACAAACCAAAUACACACACAAAAUGGGCCUGUUCUGGGCAAAGGGUAUCGGCGGCCGUCACUUUGGCACCAGCGUCAACGUCGACAGGCAUGGAGUCCGUCGCGGGCCCUGGAGGUUCUCGUUGGGCAAGUUUUCCUGUUUCAAGAGGCACUGAGCCGGGGACUGGGUUGUGAAUGA